UGCUUCAACUUCGGUCAAGAUCCAUGCUGGUAUACCCCGUUCUCUUCGCAGUCUUCGUUUGCAGUGUGGUCUCCAUCCAGCAGAAUAACCAUCGCAAUGUGUCGUUUCUCCUGGACAGCCUGCUGAGUGGGUAUGACAACAGCCUGCGUCCGAAUCUAGGAGGAGCACCCGCUGUGAUCGAAAUCGAUAUGAAGGUCAAGAGCAUGGGGCCGAUCUCCGAAAGCGAAUUGACCUACUCGAUGGACUGUUUCUUUCGCCAAACGUGGGUGGACCGACGCCUGGCGUUCCGGGGUGAGAAGCAGGUGCUCUCACUCAGCAUCUCGAUGUUGGGGAAGAUCUGGAAGCCCGACACAUACUUCUUCAACGGCCGGGAGAGCCACCUGCACACCAUCACCGUGCCCAACAAGUUCGUCCGGCUCUACCAGGACGGCAGAGUGCUCUAUUCAUCCAGACUGACCAUCACUGCAAACUGUCCGAUGGACCUGCACAACUUCCCGAUGGAUACUCAGCACUGCCCACUCAUGCUCGGGAGCUUUGCCUACACUGAACAGGAUGUCACCUACAAGUGGAACUCGGCUCGCAGCGUCGUCAUAUCCGGUGACAUGAAACUAUCGCAGUUCGACCUCAUCAAGGCACCCACCAACGACUUCAUCUUUUCGCGGAAACAAGGUACAAGUAACUUCUCGAUGCUGCGCGCCAGCUUCCACCUGCAGCGGCACAUGGGUAACUUUAUGAUCCAGGUGUACGGCCCGUGCGUGCUACUGGUGGUGCUCUCCUGGGUGUCCUUCUGGCUGAACCGAGAGGCCACCUCCGACAGAAUAUCACUGGGCGUCACUACCGUGCUGACCAUGACCUUCCUGGGUCUGGAGGCGCGAACAGACCUGCCCAAGGUGCCCUACACAACGGCACUCGACCUCUUCCUGUGGCUCUCGUACGGCUUCAUUUUCGCCACCAUUAUAGAAUUUGCAUUCGUGCACUUUUUCACCAAGUAUGGCUACGGAGAGGUAUACUUUCCUCAGCCAGAUUCCUCUUCAUCGUCUGAGGAGGAGGAAAAAGAGGAGGAGGAGGAGAGGACGUCAGACGACAGUGAUGCACUGCCGAGGAACAGAACGGAGCUGUCGUUUUUCGCGAGCAGCAUUAGCGAGCUGGCGUCCUCCUCUGACCUGGUGUCGAACGGCACGCUGCUGCUGGAGGGGGUCCACCUGCCGGACUCACCGCCUCCCCUACAGGCCGCUGACCGGCUGCGGGCGCGCUCGACGGCCUCGCUGCCGGCCAGCCGACCCCGGAGGGCGCCCCCGCCGCGCCGGCCGCGACCCCGAGCGCGCCGCCGCCGCUGCCGGCCCUUCGACGGCUCCAUGCAGACCCAGUUCAACUCUGUGUCUCGCAUCGACCGCAUCAGCCGCGGCCUGUUUCCCAGUGUGUUCCUGCUACUGAACCUCAUCUACUGGUACUCGUACCUGAGUCACAGCGAGAGGAUCACUCUGGUGUCGGGCACAUGAACGCAGCUAGAGCGGACAUGUCCUGAGCGAACUGAAUGACGUGAAAGCUGAGCGCAGCAAGAAACAGCAGCAGUCUUGGCGAGCGGCGGAGACCCGCGUUGAAGGAUUGGGAUUAGUUGCCGCACUACAUGAGGAUUAUCAAACGUCAAAGCUAUGCAGAUCUCGGGGCGAACUCAAUAUGUUUUAAGUCAUACUUCUUUGUUAUUUUUUAGAAACGAUAUUCAGCUUAUUGUGAUGGAAGCAAGGGUAAUGUUAUUUGCUGUUCUUCGGUGUGUCUCAUGUAUCUUAUGAUGACAUUUGUAGUCCAUAUUCGGGUAUUUUGAAGAAAAAAAAAUG